CAACAUUUUUGAACUGUCGAUAAUGGAAAUAAAAUUAAUGAAUUUAGAUAACGUAUGGUUAUAUAGGGAGGAAAAUUGUUGAAAUCACUAUAGUUUGGUUCUGAAGCGGAGGAAUUAUUGACGUUUCUGCAACCAACAACAUCGGAGGAUUCGUUCUACACGAUGACGAAACUUUCUUCUUAUAUUUUCUUCAUUUUACUCAACAUUUUGGUAGCAGGUGCUGAUGACAAUGGUACUAAUGAUGUUAAUACAAUUUUCAUACGUUUAUUCAAAAGGGAUGGCUCUCAUCUUGAUGCAAAUAUAUUAAAUAAAACUGAAUUGGUAACACUGGGAAAGCAUCUAAAAAGAAAUAAGAACACGGUAUUCUUCAUACAUGGCUAUACAGAGAGUAUAAAUAGCAACGAUGUGCUUCUUAUAACGAAUGCGCAUUUACAGGCCACGAAUGAUAAUGUUCUUGCAGUCGAUUAUCAACGAAUUGCUAGUCAUUUUUACCCAAUUGGUGUGUCAAUGAUAGAAACAGUCGCAAAAGUUGUUGGCGAAGCUUUGAAUAUUUUAGCGAGUUCUGGUAUGAAUGCGAAAAAGUUACAUGUAAUUGGACAUUCACUGGGUGCUCAGAUAGCAGGAAGUCUUCCAGAAAACAUAGACUUUAGACUUGCCAGGAUAACAGGCUUGGAUCCCGCCGGUCCCUUAUUCUAUAUUUUAAAUUGUCGAUUGACUUCCGAGGAUGCUGACUUUGUAGAUAUUAUCCACACUGACGCGGGCUUUUACGGAAUAGUUUUGCGUAGUGGUCACGUGGAUUUCUAUCCGAACGGUGGUCAUAGGCCACAACCAGGUUGCACCUUAAUCAACAUACCUCUAUCGGGGCCAGAUUUCUGCAGUCACCACAGGUCCUACAUGUUCUAUUCAGAAUCGGUUAGAAAUCAUAAGGCUUUCAUUGGUAAAUGUCAAGGGAAUUGUACCAGCGAUCUCGUGCCAAUGGGUUUUAGCACGCCAAAGAAUACGAGGGGUGUAUAUUCUCUGACAACAAAUGCGGAGAGUCCUUUCGGUAAAGGUAACGAUGGAAUAUAGUUAAAAUGUUUCCAUAUAUAAGACGAUUAAUACAAAAUAUACAUGAUAACCACUUGAAAAUAAAUGUUUCAUUAUAAUA